AGUAAAAAUUAAAAGAAGAAGAAGAAAACUUCAUAGCGUAGAAGAAGAAGACGGAGGCCAGCUGGAAAUUUAAUGAGCAAAAGAAAUAACGCCAAUAUUUGGAAGUAUUAUGCAACUAUGAGGUUGUGAACUCAUCUGUGUUUGGGACAAUAUGCAGCACAGUAGCAAUAUCAUUAAGUAGAGUAUCAUGGUGAGAUACUCUGACACUGUCAUACUACCUGACAGAUGCUAACAGACAUGCCGUGGUGCCUAAACACAAAGUGGACAUAUCAUUUGUAACCAUCACACAGUGGAAGCCAAACUUCAUUUUUAUAUCAAAGAGUAGUUUCUUGUUAAACAGGCUCUAAACGAGCUAUUGGUCAUCAUGGUGGAUAACCGUUAUGCCACAGCUCUUGUCAUUGGCUCAGUGCUUAGUCUGCUGGCCACAGUCUACCUCUCUGUGGCUGUGGGAACUCAGCAUUGGUACCAGUACAGCUGCCCACCAGUUAAAAAUGAGGGGAGCAACGCCACUGAGCUCAGAGACGACUUCAUCAAUGGAGAGUUCAAUGAGAAGACCUUCAGCCAGACCAUGUUCCGUCUGAACGGCACCCUGGGACUGUGGUGGAGGUGCAUACAGGUGCCCAGCGAGAGCCGGUCAUACUGGUUCAAAGAGCCAGAUCCAAAGAUGGAGACACAGUGUGUGAGCUUCACUCUUCCUCAGCAGUUUAGUCCAAAGUACAAAUAUUCUGGAAACAUCAAUGGCGAAGAAGAUCUGCUCAGAACAUACUUGUGGAGGUGCCAGUUUCUCCUGCCCUUGGUGUCUCUGGCUUUGGUGUUCCUCGGUGGCCUUGUUGGGGUCUGUGCCUGCCUGUGCCGCAGCUUCACCCCCACCUUGGGCGUGGGAGUGCUCCAUCUACUUGCAGGUCUUUGCACUCUGGGUACCGUCUGCUGUUUCCUGGCCGGGGUGGAUUUGCUUAAACAGUACUCCCCACCACCAGAAGGGUUGGAGGGCUCGCUGGGCUGGUCCCUCUACCUCGCCCUCAUCUCCUUCCCUCUGCAGAUGAUGGCAGCUGCUUUGUUCCUGUGGGCGGCCAGGAGUCACCGCAAAAACUACACCCGUAUGACUGCUUACAGGGUAGCUUAAAGAGAGACUGCCACAACAACAACUUACCUUAAAACAGCCUACUUGUCUCUGCAUUUUCUAAAAAAAAAAAAUGGUUUCUAGUUAGAAAAGGACUGUACUAAAACAACAACACUAUCACAAACCUUGGCAGGAAUACACCGAUUUGCAGCUAAUCAUCAUAAGUGCUCAUAAAAAGUAGUGUUAUACCUCUGAGUUGUUACAUCACCUUUGUUUUCAAGCAUCUUUAACUUGUAUCUUAUCGAAAGCAUGUUCUUUGAUGUUUUUUUAACACCCAGAUGUUGUGGAUCAUUUGUUAUUUCUGGUGUUAACUGUUGGUGUGCCGUACUUUAAUGCCUUUUUUUCAGUUGCCAUUGUUUCUAAAGCUGCUUCACCACAUUGCCCUUAAAUCAUUUAGUUUAUAGAUUACAAACUUGCACACAAAUUUCAGACUUGCAGUUAUCAAAGACAGGGUAACCUUCUCUAUUAGUGCAUGGAUAAUAUUAUGAAAGCCUUUAUUUGUCUUUGUUUUUUAAUGUUUAUUUGUGCUAUUUUGUUUGCCUAAUACUAAAUAUCAAGCAUUUUCUGUGCAUGCCUUUUAAGAUGACAUUUCUGUCAUCUGUGUUAAUUGUUGAUUUGAGUCUGUGGUAUGUGUUGACUCAGUGUCAAUCACUAAAACUGAAACCACUCAUCUCCCAUUAUCACCUGUGUUUAUAGAUGUAAUACAACUGCCAUUUUAAAUUUGUUGUAGCGAAGUUUCACUAUUUUAAGUUGCUUUAGAGCUCAGUUUCAUCAGUUGUUAACUGACUGGUUUGCCAGCAAAAUAUCAGUUCUUACAUUAGUUGUAGCCUUUCAAAUGUUUGUUGGUGAUACUCUAAAAUGAAAGGGAUUGGUAUACUGAAUAACAAUUGAAUUUGCAAACUCGUAUUUUGCAAGUGAAAACCUCAUGAAUCUGUUAUGUCUUUACACUCAACAUUUGUGUGGAAAGGUAAUGAAUUUGUUAAUUUUUUGUGUGUCAAAUUCCAAAAUAACUAAUUUCUUAGCACCAGAAUACAAAUUGUGAUGUUUUUGUGUCACAAUGUUUUGUUACCUGUCUGACGUGUUCACACUCUGGCUUUUUGUAAAUGUUUUUAUGUAUUCUGAAGCACACUGUCCUCGUUUCUGUAUUGAUAAAUUUGGCAUUUGCUCA